AUGGAGCAAGAUACCUGCAAAGAAUUGGCUCAAUAUAUUGCUCCUGGGUUUGAUUACCCUCGUCCACCUCGUAAUGCUGUUAGCCACGAGGAGACAUUCACUAGCCUUUCUACUCUCACCAUCGAUCUUUUGCUCUGUAGCAAGGUGGUGAGCCACGAGCCCGCCAUAGUUUUCUAUAAUAGGAACACACUUUCUUUUGAGGGAGAUCAUAACUGGGAUCCUGUUGUUCAUUGGCUGAAGACCAUUGGUACUGACAAUCGAAAUUCUCUUGCAAUGCUGGAGGUAUGUGGCAAGCGACCCGAUCAAGUGUGGCAAAAUUACUGUGGAGAGCGUAUCCACCAUCCUUUGAAGCUUUCAAAUGAAGAAAUAUACCUUAGGCAUCCAGACUUUGCCACCCUCAUAGAUGAUUUCAAAUAUGGCUGCGUCGACAAUAUCAACCCGACUUUAGAGGAAAUUCUUGUAUUGUUGGGACAGCGGGUCUCUAACAAGAAAGUUACUAUUAUCAUGCAAACUGGUAGAUUUUACCCCGGUGGAGGGACCGAUCCUGUUGAGCCCGAUGAGCUAUUCCCAGAAGACGGCUGGUACAGUAUGGAGCUGCCAAACUUGAUAGAAAAGUUUCUAGAGCUUCAUUCCACUUACUCGAACAAGCGUUCAGUGGAGGGGAUCUGGAAAGGAUUGUCAGAUAAACGAGUCCUCGAGACAGAGUUCAUGGAAUGUCUUUGGUGGAAUGUCUCCACCUUCCCCGUCGAAAAUGAAGAAGCACUUGCUAUGUUUGGUAAAUAUCACAACAAAGACGAGAGUUAUGCUAGGUACACACUGGAGAGAAAUAAACUCACGGAGCCACUUAUAACUCAAGAUCCUUCGCCCUUUUCAGACAUUUAUGUAUACUCACAGAUCAAUAGGGAGGAUUAUUUGUAA